AUGAAUGCUAUUCAUUGUUAUUAUAACCGCAAGAAAUUCAAUUUCGGCUCAACGUUAAAGUUGAAUCAUGGCCUUUCUUCUUCUUCAGUUCUCUAUUUAAGAUUUUCUAAAGUUUUUUCUGAUGUGAAAUCGUUUCAUGUUGGUUAUAACAGAAUGAGCCAAACUGAUCCUGUAACUCAAUCUGAUAUUGUCAACAACCUUAUUCAGGCUGAAACAACUGAAGCUCCACCUCCAUCGGUACAAAGUAGUGAAACAAACAAUGAUGAAGAAAAUGCUAACAAGAAAAGAAAGGUUGGAGAAGCUUCCAAUGAUUCUAAUGUUAUAGCUGGAGAUUCAGGUAACAGAAAACCUAUUAAAUCUAGAUCUUGGACUUGGGAACAUUUUACAAAAAUAGGAUCAAGAGCUAAGUGUAAUUGGUGUGAUGUAACAUAUGCUGCUGAUUCACAAAGAAAUGGCACUAGUAAUUUAAAACACCAUUUGCUGCAUCAGUGUAAGAAGUUUCCAAAAGAGUCUCUUGAUCCCACUCAACAGACUCUUGUUCUUCAACAAUUGAAAAAAGAAGAUGGGAAUGGAUCUGGUAGUGUUUUCACUGGUGUUCAUUUUGAUGCCGAGGCAUGUAGGAAAGCUUUAGCUAGGAUGAUUAUUGUUGAUGAGUUGCCUUUUAAGUUUGUUGAGGGAGAGGGGUUUCUUCAUUUUAUGAGUGUUGUGCAACCUAAACUCUCAAUUCCUAAAAGGAUUACAAUUGCUAGAGAUUGUUGGGAUUUGUACACGAGUGAGAAACAUAAGUUAAAAAGUGUGCUAAAUAAAUCAAAUCAAUGUGUCUGUCUUACAACUGAUUGUUGGACAUCUGUUCAAAAUUUGAGUUAUCUUUGUCUCACUGCACAUUUCAUUGAUCAUGAUUGGAAAAUCCAUAAAAGGAUUCUGAAUUUUUGUCCAAUUGUGAAUCACAAAGGAGUAACCAUCGGCAAAAAAAUUGAAAAAUGUUUGGAGGAAUGGCUAAUAGGUAAUGUUUUCACCAUUACGGUUGAUAAUGCUAGUUCUAACGAUGUUGCUAUAACUUACUUGAAAAAUACAAUUAACGAUUGGAAUUCUCAUCCAUUGAAAGGGGGACAUAUGCAUGUUCGCUGUUGUGCACAUAUUCUGAAUCUUGUGGUCCAAGAUGGGCUGGAAGACUAUCAUUCUUCAAUUAGUAAGAUUAGGAAUGCUGUUAGAUAUGUUCGUGCAUCUCCGGGUCGUAUGGAUAGGUUUAAAACUUGCAUUAAGGAAGUUAGGUUACAAGAAAAAUCAAUUGUUCAGUUGGAUGUUUCCACUAGGUGGAAUUCCACAUAUAUUAUGCUUGAAAGUGCAUUGAAGUUUCAAAAGGCAUUUAAGAGAUUGAGUGAGAAGUGUGCUGAUUUUGUGCUGAUGAAAGAUGGUAUUCCUAAUAAAGAGGAUUGGGAUAAUGCAAAAUGCUUUGUUAAUUUUUUGAAAAUAUUUUUUGAUAUCACAAAGAAGGUUUCAGGUAGUACUUUUGUGACCUCUUCUCAAUAUUUUAAUGAGCAUAUUAAGAUAUUGACUACCUUGAACGGGUGGAUAGAAUUAAAAAGUUCAGACAACUUGCUUGGAAUUAUGGUUGAAAAUAUGAAAGUUAAGUAUGAUAAAUAUUGGGGUAAGGUUGAAAAAAUGAAUAUGUUGAUCUUUGUUGCUGUUGUGCUUGAUCCUCGACAUAAGAUGCAGUUUGUUAGGUGGGGAUUGAACAGGGCAUAUCCAAAUGAUGUUGCUGUAUCUUUGUAUAAAAAAACGGAGGAGACAUUAAAUAAAAUAUUUGAGAGUUAUAGGCUUUUCCUUGGUAACGGAUGCAUUUGCUUUAGAGUUGAGAUGGACAUGAAUCUUAAUGAGAGCAUGCAGAAAAAUGAAUUGGAUUUGUAUCUCAUGGAGAAUUUGGAGAAGAAAGGUCCUGGUUUUGAUAUCUUGAACUGGUGGAAGGUGAAUUCCAACAAGUAUCCUAUUCUUGGUCAAAUGGCUAGAGAUAUAUUGGCCAUUCCUGUAUCUACUGUAGCUUCAGAGUCUGCCUUCUCUACCGGAGGUAGAGUGCUUACUUGCUAUAGAAGUUCUCUUACGCCAAAAACAGUUGAAGCUUUAAUUUGUACACAAAAUUGGUGUAAAUCUUCCCCGGUGUCGGUGGAUAUUGAAGAGCUUGUGGAUGAGUUAGAAAAUCUGGAAUUAGAACUUGCUCCAAUCCCACAAUUGAAUGAAGGUGUAUCUGAUAUAGACUCUGAUUAGCUUUUGAUAUCUGAAAGAAUUGGGUAGAUUGUGAAGCUGGAGCAAUUGCAGGAUAAUUAUUGUGAAGCUGGAGCAAUUUCAGGAUAAUUAGAAAAUUUUAGAUUUGUCUAUCAAUGUUGCAGGCUGUGAUUUUGAAACUAUCAAUUAUGCUGUCAUUGAUAUUUUUCUUGAAGUUUUAUUAUUAUAUUCACUUUAAUGCAGCUUUGGUAUGUUACUGUCAUAUAUAUUUGUCAUAUAUUUAAUUUAUAUUACAAGUCUCCCUAUAAGCACUAAGUAAGCAGGUCUCCAUAUAAAAUAUUUAUUACAGCAAUGUCUAUUUCGUUGGGAUAGAUAUUGUCCAUAUAUUAUAAUGAAUCUUUGCAACAAUGACAUCAAAUAGCCAUAUAAUAUGAAAAUUAGAUAUUGUCUUAGUAGACGUUGGUGGCAUAAUUGUAACUGGUAUUGAAAUAUAUUCGUUUUAAAUUUCACAGUGUUGAUUUAAAAACCGAAUAAAACCGAUUCAACCGAACCGAAGUAAACCGUAUAAAUUGGAUUGGAUUGGAUUGGAUUUUUCUUGUUGUCAUCCAA